AAAAAAAAAAAGUUUUUACUGUAGAGAAAAGAAGGAUCUGAAAAUGGAAACAACUUGAAAAUACAGGCAUUUUUGCAUGAGAGAUUCUUUGCUUUCAUCAAAAGCUGGAUUCCCUGAAUUGUGUGCCAGCCCCUGGAGGAGUCAUGGUUAAAGGCACCGUUAGACUUUCUUGAUCUCCAAUCUUUUUAUUCCAAUCAACAGCCAAUGGAUCUUGUCUUAUUUAAAAUCAAACAGUUCCCACGGGAAAAAAGGCAGGAGAAUCAGACAAGAGUUGGUUGCAGAGAUUUUGCAUAAUCAAAAAGUUAAUUGAGCAAAGGAGGUAAGUACCUCCAAUUCCAAUGAAAAAGCUUUCAGUUAAUUAAUAAUAUUGUUGUCAAAAUUCUGUUACAGAAUUCUCUCAUUUAUGGCUUCAAAAUGCUUGAAGAAUUUCCUGAACUUUACCAUGUAAAAAUUGGAAACACUUUUUUUUUUUAAUCCUGUCUGGUUGAAGGGCUUUGGUUUCAUUUACAAACUGAAAUUCUAAAACUAUGUACCGCUAUUAAAAACCAAUCACGCCGAAAUUCAAGGAAAGGCUAAAACAUAGACGAGGAACGCAGAAGCAGUGCCGGAGGAAGAAGAGCAUAGUCUUUCAAAGGAGGUACAAAUUUAUGUAUUUUACAGUAUUAGAACCUACUUAUAUUGAAACAUCAUAUACCUAGUAAGAAUUGUACAUUGAAAGAACAUCACAGAGGAGAAACCAAUGCUACGAAAAACCGUCUUUGAAUAACGUCGAACUUGAAAGGAUAAUCCCAUGUAAUGAUAAUCAUGAAGCGAACGUGUUUCAAUUGCUAGCUUUUGCAGAUAACAAGGUUCAGAUCUGGUUCCAAAAGCAGUCUUCCUGGCAAAUGAACAAGGAGUAUGACACUGAAUUUGCUGUUGGAGUGGCAGCUGCUGCAUGUGCCAUCAACUCAAUUGAAGAAGAUGAAGCACAAUAUAGGAUCAAGAUAGAGAGAUCAAGAAAAGACACCACAACCAGAUUGCAAAAGUCUGAUAGAGUAACUAAGCGAUACUCUAGCAAGGAAACGGAAACUGCAGGUGAAACUUCCAGCAGAAAGUCAAUGGAACAGGAUUAUAGGAGGCAAGAGAGCACUUUACCAACAACCAAACCUCGUCGUUCAUCAGCUGCUAGGCCUAUGACAAAGGAAGCUGAAGACCAAAGGAUGAAGGGAACUUAUUCCCCACUCAAUGUUCUGGAGACAAAAGCUGAUGCUUGGGAGAAAGCUCAGUUGGAAAAAGUUAACAAACGGUAUGAGAAUGCGAAAGCAUCAAUUCUUGUGUGGGAGAACGAAAAAAAGCUUCGAGCCAAAGUUAAGAUGGACAGGAGAAAGAAAGAAUUGGAGCAGAGAAUAAAAAGGACCGAACUACUUUACCAGUCGAAGAUAGCAAGAAUUGAUCAUAUUGCUGGUGGAGCAAGAGGACAGGCAGAUGAGAAAAGAAGAAAUGAGGAAUUGAAGAUCAAAGAAAAAGCAAGGAAAAUAAGAGCCUCAGGAGAGGUUCCUGUUACAUGUUUCUGCUUCUGAAUGACAUGAAAAUCUAAAGACAUUUGAAUCAGGAACAAGAUCUACUCUUUUAAGUCAGAUAAAAUGCAUUUAGAAAUCCAAAAUGUUAAUCAUGUGUGAGAACAUGAAAUGUCUACAAUAUUUCUAUGUAUUUGCCAGUCCAUCUAAAAUGUAAUACAUUCUGAGAACUGUACACAAUUGUAUAUAGUGAAAAUGUUAAAUACAGUUAAAAACCAGA